AUGUUGCAUGAAGCGAGAGACAGGAAGAAGUUCGUCAGUGAUGUUCAGUACCUGCGAGACAUGCAGCACAAGGCGGACUCGGAAUACCAGGCCUGUUUAAGACGACAGGAAUACAGAAGAGACCCAAAUGACAAGAAACAGUAUCAGUUCUGGGAGCAAGAGGCGAGCUUUGAGAGAUCCAGGUUUUCAAGCACAUCAUCUUCCAAACAGAGUUCUGGUGAGGAGGAGCCUCUGACCGAACCAAGAUCAUCUCCCAAGGUAUCUACGGUCAAGUGUGAUUCCAGACUUCCAGCCAUUGACCAAGCACCAGUCAAGCAGAAACACAAAAGCACUAUGACACCAAGGAAACCAGAGAAAGCAGGCCCCAGCAAAGCCCCUGCAACAGCACAGACACCAAAGAUUUUACCAAGAAAGAGGAGGCCAAACCUGGGGAGAUUGACAGUCAGUCCAGACAUGCACAGCCCAAGAGCACCUGGGGACGGGAGCGAGAAGUCCCAACUGCUGACGAAGGUGCCAGCUCUGCGGGGACCAGAUCCAGUGGUUCACCGGGAAAGCCAGCUCUGGGCAGAUGAAACUACGGUGAAGAGGCCAACCCGAGAGAGGAGAAGCCUGGCGCCCACCUCGCAGCUGAUGACGACCUCCGAGAACCCCCUGGAGAGAGCCAAAAGGGGAGACCCGAGCGCCGUUGCUCAGAACAAGCCACAGCCAGCCCUAUCCCAGGCCUUCCAGGGAACAAAGAGUCCCCAAGUGUUGGGUGAGUCCUUGGGGCCCUCGCUCGUCCCCAGCGCCAUGGGAGGGCCGAGGAGGACGCCAUUCAGGUUCAGAGACGAGGACUUUUAUUCCGUGCUGUCGCCAAACGCUGCAAAAGACCCUUACGACACGGAGGAGGAGACCCACGCAGAAGAAGAGCUCCUGCUGCUUGGUUUGCACCCGCCUCGCUCUCCCUCAAGUCACAGAAGAAGUCGGUGUCUUGGGACAUCAGCCUCUCUGUCCAAAAACAAACACUUUUCCAACAGUGCUGAAAAUUGCAAAGGAAACUCGUUAAGAAGAUUUGAGCCCAGCCCUGGCUUAUUAAGAACACUCAGUGCAAUGGAGCCAGAGACAGGGCAGCCUUCUCCUGGGCAGAGGAUGCUCCCAGAUCCCUGGCUGCCCAGUGGGGAGUCUGCUACAGAGAAUGACAGUGACAGCAGUGAGGACGAGAAGACCUUCCACUCAUGGGACAGCAAAUCUGAAUCCAGACAAGAUGACCGUCUCAGGGUGGAAAAUGUAUCCAGCGAUUCUGUUUCUAUGGACGACAAACCUGAUACCCAUGACCAUGAGAGGGACUGGCAAGACUAUUUAAACAGUUCUAGACAUUCCCUUGACUUCUCUCUUGCUGGUAGACCAACAGUCCCAAGGUCAUCACCGGACUCACCCUGUAACACGGCGCGGUCAUCAACACAUCACCUGAGGGCUGACGUCCCAGUGGGCUUGUCAAUGUCACCCACGCCGGUUCACAGAUCCGACACGCAGGGAAACGCAAGGUUUAAUGUUCGCCAGCCACUGUCCCCCAUUAGAAAUAGAAUUCCGUUGGCCAGUGCACGUGAGUCUGAUGUCAGGGGAGCAGAGGAUGUCACCUCAGCAAGCCAAGCUCAGGAGGCUCCGUCGAACGUAGAAAACCCCCUGCUGAGUCUUCCAGCCGGCCUGCCUCUGCCGCACUCUCCCAUCUCCUCUCCGUCCAGAGUGAGUUUCCAAGACCACCUGCAUCUGCCUGGGUCCCUGCAAGAAAACAUACAUUUUGCUGUAUCUACAGUGUCUUAUUUCCUAAGUCAAAGCGAGAACGGGACUAGAAUGGCAGCCUCUGGUCUCGCAGAUGAAAAGGAGGCCCCUAAGAUACAAGUAGACCCUGAGAAGCUCAAGAAACUGCAAGAAAGUCUCCUGGAGGAGGACGAGGAGGAGGAGGGAGACCUGUGUCGCAUCUGUCAGAUGGCCGGGAGUUCCCCCGCCAACCCCCUGCUGCAGCCCUGCGGCUGCGUGGGAAGCCUGCGAUUUGUCCACCAAGAGUGCCUGAAACAGUGGCUGAAAGUGAAAAUCACGUCAGGAGCGAACCAGGAAGCUGUGAAUACCUGUGAGAUGUGCAAGCACGACCUGCUGGUCGACCUGGCUGCCUUUAACAUGGCUGAGUUCUACCAGAAGCACCAGCAAAUCCGGGCACAGAACGAGCUGAUCAAUUCCAGCUUCUACCUGGUGCUGCUGCUUCACUUCUACGAGCAGAGGUUUGCAGAAAUUAUGACACUCAACUACGACUGGAUCACAAGAGAGAGGUUGUCAAGAAAUUACCUACAGCCCCGACAGGAAGAAGAUGAAAAUUCCGAGCUGGGGGAGGAGAGCGAAGGCAGCAUCUCUCCAAGCCGCCUGGUCUAG